ACUGAUACGAAACAAAACAAAAGAAAAAAACCAGUUUCACUUUCGCAACCUCAACCGAGCAUAGCCACUUAUUAAACCUUAAAACGACAUAAUUUUCAACUGCUUUUGUUCGUGUAAAUGGCAACGCGCUACAAGUCGUUCGAUUCACGCUCCUCCACCUCCUCUCAUUUCUCUGAUCCCUCCUCAUCUAUAGAGCUUUCCAAUUCCUCUUCUCUGAGGCCAAAAUCCUCUUCUUCUUCUCGAGCUCUUGUGAAAUCAAAGCCGUUGGAUGUAGGUCAAGGCAGCCGCAUCAAGACCAAGGCCGCUGACCGCAACUUCACCAACAUGGUGAAGAGAUUUAUGGACAAGAAAUCCACAAACAACACAAUGGCGCAGCUGGUUAUUCCAUCCGAUGUCCUAGCUGAGGAUCUCAAGAAGACUGCAAGAAAGGCUGCUGCUUUCACGGCGUUGCAGAGGAAGCUGUUCGGGAAAGGGUCUGCCGGCAAGGACGGGGAUAAAAAGGAGGUGAAAGCCUUGACGGAGGUUAAUGGGAAUACUAGGACUUUGGCCAUGGUUUUGAGAAGUGAGAGGGAGCUCUUGAGUACCAAUAAAGAGCAGGAGAUGGAGAUUGCUGAGCUCAACCUUCUGCUUCAAGAUAAGAACAGAGAGGUUGAGAAGCUGAAAGAUUUGUGCUUGAAACAGAGAGAAGAAAUAAAAUCAUUGAAGAGUGCAAUACUGUUUCCGGAUGUCAUGAAUUCUCAGCUUCAAGAACUUGUAGAAAAGCAAGGUUCGGAGCUGACGCAAGCCAAACAACUAAUCCCGACUCUCCAAAGACAGAUUACUUCUCUCACAGGACAACUCCAAUGCCUUGCUCAGGAUCUUGCUCAGGUGAAGGCAGAUAAGUAUUCUGCCAGGGCAUGUCACCAGCAGCAUUGCAGCUCUCCCAGGACACCCAGAUAUCAUCGAGAUGAGCCUUCUGAUUCUUUGGAAUUCAGUUCUGGCGAUCCAAUUUCUCCUGGUAGUCCGGAUGACUUAUUUCUCGAAGAUUUAAAUCCCUGUUUAACACCCUAUUAUGCCAAGACAAAAUCCAAGGAAUUUGAUGAGAUUGGCUAUAACUCUCCACAUAAUAAAAAAUUAUGUGAGAACAAUAAACAAACGAUCAAUUAUGAGGUUGGAUUCAGUUCUCGUAACAAGUUGUCGAAAAGUUCAGACUGUUACCAGGAUUCCAAUAGAGGAAGCUCGAUGGCCCUGACCAGUCGCAGAUCAGAUGAAAGCACAGGCUCAUAUCGAAAGCAAAUGCAUCAUAAACCUUAAAAAUUGCUUAGUAGCAGUCAGUUGAGCAUCUCUUUUAUUUGUUUUUGAAUAUUUUUCACCUUCUGCUUUUUCUCCAUUGCACCUCCUUCCUGCAGAUUAUGGAUCGUAGUUUUGGUUUGAGUGAAACUUGUUAAGCGCAUCAAUAAGGGAAGAAUUUUAUUAAGUUAAAUCGUUGCUGAGGAUACUGGUAAGGUUGUGGCCUUGUUGGUGGGGCUAAAUAGUCAAUGAAAUGUAGUAGUCAUUUCUUUGUUGAGCUUUCCAACGGAUCUCCUCUUUGUUAUGUUCUUCUGAAACCUUCCUUUCCUCGAGCAUGCUCUUGUCCGAUCCCAUUCCCAUUUCUUUACACUUUAGUAGAGACAAAAAUUGCCAAUUGAACAUUAGUUACGGGACAGAUUCUUUACAGUCGCAAAAUUUCUUGAAAAUUUGGACCUAAGUAGAGGGAUUGGGGUUUAAAGGGUAAAUUAGAAAUUUGAUUUUUUUUCCCUGGCUUUAUUUUGACAAGCAUCUGCCUGAAUAAAUAAAUCCUCACGUAAGAGUAUUUAAUUCCAAAAACGAAAAAAACAAAGGGUAAAUGAAAAGGCAAAUGCAAUUUAAGGCCGCAGCUCGUCCUGCUCAACCUUCAUUACCUGC